AUGGAUCUCCUACACAAAAACAACAUUCACCUAGCUAAACUUGUUGCCACACCGUUACCAGCAUCUCCAAAACUCACACUGUCCAGUGGUACACCUCUCGAUGAUGCCUCUCAGUAUAGAUCAGUUGUUGGAAGUCUCCAAUACCUAUCCUUCACACGUCCGGACAUCUCUUAUGCGGUCAACAGGCUCUCUCAAUUCAUGCACCGUCCGACCACUGAACAUUGGCAAGCCGCCAAACGCAUCCUUCGAUAUCUAGUUGUCACCCCAACUCACGGUAUUUAUCUUCACACUUCAUCUCCUAUUACCAUUCAUGGCUUCUCUGAUGCCGAUUGGGCUGGUGAUACCGACGAUUACGUUUCUACACAUGGCUACCUCAUUUACAAUGGACGGAAUCCGAUAUCAUGGUCUUCAAGAAAACAAAAGGGUGGUGCUCGCUCCUCCACCGAGGCUGAGUAUCGUGUGGUUGCCAAUGCAGCAGCGGAGGUACGAUGGUUAUGCUCUUUGCUCACUGAACUUCACAUUCAUCUUCCCACCACACAUGUGAUCUAUUGUGACAAUAUUGGCGCCACUUACCUAUGUGCCAAUCCGGUCUUCCACUCCCGUAUGAAGCAUAUCGCCCUCGACUACCACUUUGUUCACAACCAAAUCCAAAGUAACAUGCUUUGUGUCUCUCACGUCUCUACUCACCAUCAACUUGCAAACACACUUACGAAACCUUUGCCCCGGGCACGUUUCCAACAAGCUUGUAUCAAGAUUGACGUCACUAAAGCUCCCUCCAUCUUGAGGGGGCGUAUAAGAUAG